GCUGGGCAAGGGAGGAAAAGCAAGAGCAGCAUCCGCCAAGGACACCUUGGAACCCUGGAAGCUGCCAAACGAGAAGUUCUCCUCAGACACGUGGCUGGACACAAGUUGGUGGGAGCCUGCGGCGCAGACGGACGGACGGACCUGAGGAGCUUUGGCCACCGUGGGGUGAUCGUGAGGAUGACGCCAAUGGCGUGGCUGAUAUUCCUAGCCUCCUGGGGAGUCGCAGGGGCUGAACUAGGGAGGUUCUGGCACAUCUCCGACCUGCAUCUGGACCCCAACUACACACUAUCCAAAGACCCCCUCCAGGUGUGCCCGUCAGCCGGCUCCCAGCCCGUGCUGAAUGCGGGCCCCUGGGGUGACUACCUCUGUGAUUCUCCUUGGGCCCUUAUCAACUCGUCCUUCUAUGCCAUGAAGGAGAUUGAACCAAAGCCAGACUUCAUUCUCUGGACAGGGGAUGAUACACCGCACGUCCCCAAUGAGAGGCUGGGGGAGGCAGCUGUGCUGGCAAUUGUGGAACGCCUGACCAACCUCAUGAAGGAGGUCUUUCCAGAUACUAAAGUCUACGCUGCCCUGGGAAAUCAUGACUUUCACCCUAAGAACCAGUUCCCAGCGCAGGGCAACAGCAUCUACGAUCAGGUGGCAGAACUGUGGAGACCCUGGCUUAGCAACGAAUCCUACACUCUCUUCAAAAGAGGUGCCUUCUAUUCUGAGAAGUUGCCGGGUCCCAGCGGGGCAGGGUGAGUUGUGGUCCUCAACACCAAUCUCUACUACAGCAGCAACGAGCAGACCUCUGGCAUGGCUGACCCCGGCCAGCAGUUCCAGUGGCUGGGAGAUGUCCUGAACAAUGCAUCUCGGGACGGGGAGAUGGUGUACAUUAUUGGCCAUGUGCCCCCAGGCUUCUUUGAGAAGACGCAGAACAAGGCCUGGUUCCGAGAGAGCUUCAAUGAGGAGUAUCUGAAGGUGAUUCAGAAGCACCACCAGAUCAUAGCCGGGCAGUUCUUUGGACACCACCAUACUGACAGCUUCCGAAUGUUCUAUGACGGCACAGGUGCCCCCAUAAGCGUCAUGUUCCUCACACCUGGGGUCACCCCGUGGAAGACCACGUUACCCGGAGUGGUUGAUGGCGCCAACAAUCCAGGGAUCCGCAUUUUUGAGUAUGAUCGAGCCACACUCAGCUUGAAGGACAUGGUGACAUACUUCUUGAACCUGAGACAGGCGAAUGUACAAGAGACCCCACUGUGGGAACAGGAAUACCGCCUGACAGAGGCCUACCAGGUGCCGGAUGCCAGCGCUAGCUCCAUGCACGCAGCACUGACCCGCAUUGCCAGUGAGCCGGACGUCCUGCAACGUUAUUACAUCUACAACUCGGUCAGCUACAACCAUUUGCCCUGUGAGGACAUCUGCCGCCUCGAGCAUGUUUGUGCCAUACAACAGGUGGCUUUCAGCACUUACGCUACCUGCUUGCGUGGUUUGGGUGGCAAGCUGGUGCCUGGUUUCCUGCUCAUGCUGACUCUGCCAAGCCUGCACAUAUUGGAGGUGUUAUGACUGUAGGCACUGCCAUCCUUUGCCCAUGGAGAGAUGAGCUUUGCCCUCAGGCUCCUGCCUCUGUGGAGAGGGUUGGGGCAUUUGGAUUCACCAGAGAGGGUGUUUCACUAAGGUUUCACUAAGAAACACAUUUCUUCCAAGUCUCACUUUUUAUCCACAAAACUUGUUUGUGGUACAUGUCUUGGUGCAUUAUUCUCUUUAUUACAAACAUAUCAAACCACCAUGCACUUGAUCACCACAGUACAGUGAGCAGGCAAGAAGAUGGGCCCUGGAGAUUCUGUGCUUUCGAUGUAGUCCCUGCUCAAGAUCUGAACUGGGAACCCACGUGGUUUGCAAAACCCCUUGGUACUUUUAAAUAAAAGACUUUGCUGAUUUGGA